AUGAACCGCUUUCUCAGCGACCUUCUCAACUGUUGCGAUCCAGACGAGAAUCCGUGCUCUCGGUGUCUUCGCACGUCUUUUCCCUCACUAAUUGCGCAAUUUGCAGGAAAAAAGAAGUAGUCGAAGACGUCGUUUCGAGCAGCGGAGAUAGUAUGGCAACAGCGGCGGGACAACGGAGCAAGACGCCGCCGAAACACAGCAAUCUUCUGAAGACGUUGAGCAUCCAGAACUCGAUCGACGUCUCCAAUAAUGAGAUGGUUAGUGUUAAAUUGGGUCGGAAGGCUCAGAUUUCGAAAAAGUUAUUUUGAUUAGGCUUAG